AUGAGUAACGCUGGAAGAAAAAAGGACCCAGUUUGGGUAAACUUCAUCGAAGUGUCAAACAAAGAAAGGGGAAAAUCUGGAUGUCGAGCAGAAUGCCGAAAAUGUGGAAAAAGUAUGAAGGGUUUGGUGAACAGGUUAAAGGAACAUUUGAAAACAUGUAACACAGAUGUACUACCUAAUCCUUCAAAGGAACACUCAUGUUCGAGUUCGAGUACAGAACAUGUUGAAAUUGAGCUGGGGCCACCAUUGUCUCCGGGUCCGAGUCCAUCAAAGAAGAGGAAACUGGAACCAAAGCCAAUUGCUUCAUAUUUUUUACUUACUACAAGUGAGCAAAAGGAGAAACUAGACAAGCAGAUAGCAAGGGCAAUGUUCGCUACAAAUUGCCCUUUUUCAUCUAUAGAACACCCAGAAGUACUAAAAGCAAUUGAGUUGCUGCGGCCUGGAUACAGGCCCCCAACCCGCAAAACAAUAGGUGAUCGAUUGCUGAAUCAAAUUUAUAUGGAAGAAAAGAAAAUAAUAAAAUAA